GCGCGGCUCGUAGUCGGCAGUCGGCAGUCUCUCGGCUCACUAAUUAAGUAUAGGUGGGGGCGUAGGGGCGCGGGGCGCAGCGGGCGCAGGGCGGGGCGAGAGGCGGGCCGGCUUCAUUCCGCCGCGCGCCGCGCCGCUAGCAACACGUAGAGAGCGCGCGCGGGCCAUGGUCGCGAGAACCGAUGAGAUGUUCGGCUGCUAUGGUGACAGCUACUCGUACCGCCUGUGGAGCCUGGCCAACGUUUGGGGCGCCUGCCGAUGUGAGUAGCGCCGCGCUCCGCGCUGGACUUUCGCCGCUGACGUCAGCGGAGGCUGUGCAAGCCUGUGUAGUACGGCGUAGAUACGAUCCGGAGCCGGCUCCGUAGCUAGUGCGUCGAGUUACGAGUUUCCGUAGUCGCGGUCAGUGAGGUGUGAGAACGAGGUGUCACUAGAUGAAAGUGCAGAGCUCGCUUAUGGGAGUUGGCGGUUGGUACGAAUGCUUGGCGGCCGGUUGGCUUGCCGACAUGAGGAGUAAGCAGGUCCCCACGUCUACCACCUCGGCCAGGCGGCUCGCGGCCUUAAUCCGGCCGCUUGCCGGUGGAGGCGCGGAGGGCAAACCUUCGGAAGAGGAGGAGGAGCGUGGGGGCUCACCGCUGGGCCCCGGCGGGCCCUUCACCUGCAGCCAGUGUCGCGGUGCCUACCCAACACGCGAGCAGCUCGAGCGUCACGAGACCCUGCACUCGCCCAGCACUCAGGUGGAUAACAUCAAAUAUUCGUGCAAGAUUUGCCACAAGAGCUUCGCCAACGUGUACCGACUGCAGCGCCACAUGAUCAGCCACGAUGAGAGCGCUGGCCUUCGUAAAUUCAAGUGCAACGAUUGUGAUAAAGCAUUCAAAUUUAAACACCAUCUCAAAGAGCACCUUCGGAUACACAGUGGUGAGAAGCCAUUCGAAUGUGCCAACUGUGGAAAAAAGUUUUCCCACUCCGGCUCUUAUUCUUCACACAUGACAUCUAAAAAAUGUCUUGUGAUGAACCUCAAGAUGGGACGAAUAAAGCCUAACAACCCUGCUCUUAAUCCUGAUCGAAGUCCUUCGCGCAAACGAACAAAUGCCAUGGUUGCAUCUCAACUGAAUAAUAAUAUUGCGCCGAAUGGUAAUUCUUUUUUACCAAUUCUUCCUAAAUACAACGACGCUGCCGCUGCAUUCUUUGCAUCGAUGUCAACGCCAGAAAAUAAUUUCCAUCGACCACCUUUAGGCCAGCCAGGGAUUAACCCUUUCUACAUGCCUCCCGGUAUGCCUUUGAGUCCUGCAAAUGGAAUUGCUCCAUAUAGUUUUCCGACUUCCCUAAGUCAGCUUUUUGAGCAACUAGCAUCACAACAAUACCACCAAAGAAAAAUAGAAAAUCCUAGUCCGAAGCAAAUGGGCCCUCCUUCAGCUGAUCCAGAAGAUUUAAUAGAAGAAGUGAUCGAAGACGAAGACAAAAGAUCAGAAGGUAGCGCCGAGCUUGUAAUGGACAUAGAAGAUGAGGAUAAUAUUAGCAUAAAAAAGGAACAAGAAGAACGAGAGAGCGAGCAAAGGUCUCCCUCGCGUGUUUAUGAAUCCGUCCCUGUUAACAAUAACAGUGAGGAGACUGACAACAAUCAGACAGGUUUUAACACUAUAAUGAAUUCCGUUAAUGCGUCUGUAACAAAGCAUUUUUUUAGAGCUGAUAUGGAGAAGCUAUCACCAGUUUCUGGAAACAUAUACCCUAGCAUAGAAUCGCCAGUGCCACGCAUUACCGUGAAAGAGGAACCGGGUGAGUUGCGUUGCUUAAAAUGCAACGUUACGUUUAAUGACAAAAAUGAACUUGUAGAACAUGAACAGGUUUUAUGUGGAAAUGUAUUCAGGAAACACGAAGGAUUAGCUGCUCAAAUGGCUGAAACAGUGGCACUAAAUAGGUUGGAGGCUGAAAUGCGAGCCUCUAUACAGAGUGGAGUUAGUGCAAGUGAAGAUGAGGACUUUGGCAAAGAUGACAGAGAUGAUAAAGUAUCACUACAUGACAGCGAUAGAAAGAUUAGAGUUCGCACAGCCUUAAGCGAAGAACAACAAACUGUACUAAAAGAGCAUUACUCUGUUAAUCCUCGGCCAAAUAGAGAAGAAUUCAAAAAGAUAGCUUAUCAGAUUGGUCUAGAUAACAGAGUCGUACAAGUGUGGUUCCAAAACAAUAGGGCGAGGGUGAGACGAAUGACUCAAGCGAUAGCUAUUUCGGACCAACCACUAGAUCUGUCAACAAAAAAAAGUAACGCAUCGUUAACCUCUAGUCCGUCACCCUCCCCGCCUUGCAGCAUUUCAGUUACACAUUCCGACUCUGAAGAAGCAGUUAAUCUGAGCCAAAAAUCUUCGCGUAGUACAACCCCACAUCGUUCUAAUUAUCUUAACACGUAUCCACAUUCCAAUUGUUCUUCUUCAUCGUUUACUGAUUUUCGAUUGUCACCAUCACCGGGUGAAACGAUCAGCGCGCAGAAGAGGUUAUUGUCUCAAAAGAUGCCAGUUAAUCCUAUGAUGCCAAUGGAUAAACUUCUUCAAUACAAUGAUUUGACAAAUGGCAGAUCGCCAAUACUUAACAUGCAUAUAUCGUCAGAACAUAGACAAGAGUCUAGCCCAUCUUACGAUCGACCAUCUUGGGGAGAUGAAUUGCAAGCUCAAAAUGAAUUUGAAGAUGAAACGUCAGUACUUAAGAAAAGCAAGCUAAAGGCUAGUAACGACUUUAAAGAGGGAGAGGGACAAUUUGUCUGCGACCAAUGUGAUAAAACUUUUGUGAAGCAGAGCUCUCUCGCGAGACACAAAUAUGAGCAUUCAGGUCAACGGCCAUACAAAUGUUUGGAAUGCCCAAAGGCGUUUAAGCAUAAGCACCACCUCACAGAACACAAGCGGCUCCACACCGGCGAGAAACCCUUCCAGUGCUGCAAGUGCCUCAAGAAGUUCUCCCACUCCGGCUCCUACAGCCAACACAUGAACCACAGGUUUGCCAUCUGCAAGCCCUACAGGGACUAACUGAUACCACAAUAUAUUAGCUAAAUAACUCAAGAACUUUCUAAUCUACAUUCUUAUACUUGUUCAUAACUUAUGUAAAUGUAUUCGCAAAUACCUACGCAUGGCUGUUACUUAGUAAUUUGUCCGAACAGAAAAAGUCUAAAAAACAUUUAUUUAUUACGAAACAAUUCAAUAGUGUGACAUAAUUACAUUUUAGUUAAUGUGAUAUUUGUAACAAAAUAUAAUUAAACUUAAAUUGUAGGUACACGAUUUUAACUUUGAAAAUUGUUUUCAAAUAUACUAGUUUUAUAUAACAAUAGAUUGAAAUGACAAGCAUUGCCUGAACAUCGACUUUUAGUGAACAUCGAAAUAUUUACUUAUAAUAUGGAUAAUACUCGUGUUAUUAAAGUAUUCUUUGCUCGGUAUUUAUUAUUUGAAAAUAUAAUUUAAGGAUUUUGCUCAACGUAUAUUUCGUACGAUGUAACAUCACUUCAAAUAACUAUUUAUUUUGCAACUAGUGCCAAAUAUAUAUAACUAAGUGCCAGAUCAUAUACCAAAAAAAUAUAUACUGUUUUAAUUUAAUUACGAGUAAAUAGGGAUUCAACUGAGCUUCCAGACCGAUUGACCAUACACGGAUUAAAGCUUUUAAGUUUUAAGGAAUUACGCAAAACUUACAAUAAUGACUUUAUAUAUAAAAGUAUAUAAAGUCAUUAUUGUAUAUAUAUACUUUUGAAAUUAACAUGAUAGUUUGCAAAAAAUACAAUUAGUUUAGUUGAUGAGCGAUUUUUUUUUUAAAUGCGACGGUUAAUUGUCGUUAACAUAUACACGGUUAGGGAAAGCGAAAGCGCAGUUGUAUGACUCAGGAAGAAAACAACAACAAACGAUUUUCCGUCGCUUGUUAACACAUCUGCGCCCGCUUCCAGCUCCGCUUCGUUUGCACGUACAGGUAUACCCAAUCACCUCGAGUUCUGUAAGCUCAGUUUGUUUUCGCCCUUAUAGUUAUAGAUAGUUUUACGUGCUGAAAUCCCAAAGGCCAGUACCUGUAGCAUAAUACUCAUCAACGUUUUAUAUUAUUUUAUAAUUUUUAUACUUAUCUGUGAAAUAAUAAUAAGAAUAGAGUGAUCUUGUCAUUAUAUAUGUGCAUUCAUACAUUAUUUUUAUUCGAGCGCCGUAAAAGCGUCUGCAAAGAACAAUGCUAAUUCGAAUAAGAAACGUAGGCUUACCAGACCUGGGUCUGUCACGAUGACAAUAUAUUUAUAUAAUUAAGUACAACACUAUCCAUAUAAUUAAGUUGACUUCGACGUUUCGUGUGUUUAAUGUGAACGUAAAUACGUACAAAAGAGUACACGUAGACUUCAGACAUCUAAUUUCAUGCUUCCAACACGGAGAUUGCUUUUCGGCUAUGAACCGAUGCACUCUCGGUCAACUUUUCAUAUUAGCCUCAGUAUUUAACGACUUUAGUUUACUAAAAUAUUCAUAUACCAUCGUCAUUUUUGUUAAUAUUAAUAAAUUACUAUUAGUAUAUUUAAACUUCUCGUAUUUUAGUGUUAAUUGAAUAGAUAGACAUAUGAGUAGCCUAAGUUUGAAGCAUUCCAUAAUACUUCUAUGGGAUCUCCGCUGUGUUUAAAAAACUUUUGAUUAAUCCAAAGAUUAGUAAUACAGGUGUAAAUAAUGAUUAUUGUAAAUAUAUUAAAAGAUAUAUCUGUAAAUAUGAUCGCUUAAAAAAAUCUAACAGUAUAGUAUAUAUGUGAACGAGCGCACGACGGAAGCGUAGCGCCGUGUAUGAAUAUAAGAGACAAUAAUGAAUGAACAACUGUUUAUUGAAAUCAAUAUAUUUAUAGCCGUAAUUAUAUUCCCAUGAUGUGAUCGUUACCAGCGAACUCUGUGUUAUUUAUUUCUUAAAAGUAAUAACGAGGUUUAUUAGGAUUAUUAAAAAAAUAUGAAUGUUUACGAAUUUCCAUUGGCGAUUUACAUAAAGUAGUUAGGAACACGACUCACGAAUUGAUUAUGUUCGAAGUACUUAAUUUGUAUACAAUUAUCGAUUGGUUAAGAUGUAACAAUUGCAUUUGAAUUGAUCAAACGCGAAUCGAUAAAACACGAUCGUUUUCCAUUCUUCCACGCAACGUACGUUAGAACAGAAAGUUCCUAAGCCUAAUACUUUUAAGAGAUACCUAAUGUUUUAUCUAUAUUAUUUUGUAUUCAUAAGUAGAUAAAUAUAAUUUUUAAAGGUUUCUAAUCAACGAAUUACGUAAAUUAUUGCAAGCAUUACACUUCUUGUUUAGCAUAAUGAUAAAUUGUCUAUUGAGACAGUAUUUGAGUACAUUUUCGCUUUAUUAAAAUUUUAGCUGUAUAUGGCUCAGCAUUAAGUCCAUAUAGAGUGCGAACUUUGUUGGCGAAUAGGGCAGGAUCGAUUCAUAUUUUUUUUUAAAUUUCAAUUUCAUUUUUAUCUUUACAAGAAUAUCUCAUCUCAGUUAUUUUAGUUCAAUAAUAUACCUACUUACUCUUAUUAGUAACACGUCAGAUAAAAGAAACAAAUGUAUACUUUUUUUUUGUUAAAAUUUAUUUUCUUUUUUUUAAAAUAAAUAACUAGCGCUCGACUGUUAUCACACCUGAUGGAAAGUGAAGAUACAGUCUAAAGUGGGGUAGAAAAAUAUCUUAUAACGAUAGCAAUUUUCUUACAAUUACAAAAGUCGAUCCAGUCCAAUCAGUAUUCCGCUAACAUAUAAAAAACUGCGUAAAUACCAAACCAUUUGUAAUUAAAAUAAUAUAAAAAAUAUUGUAAAAUUAAUAAUUGUAAUUGCAUUAAGCGAGUCUGUUUGAAAAUAUUUCAUAUUUUAUUAUGUAUAAUUUUAAUAUAAGUGAUUUCCAAAUUAUCACCGGUGGGCUAGAUAAACCAAAGAUUAAUUAGUUUACGAGAUAUGAUGUGGAAAAUUGUAACAUAUAAACCUCCCAUCAUCAUUAGUUUAGUUUUAAGUUUUGUGCCAAAAAUAAUUUUAAAGCUUCGAAUAUAUUUUAUAUGCAAUGUAAACUAUAUUUUUCAAAUUUGAAGGGCAUUAUGUACUAUGGCAUUACUUAGUUAUACCUAUUCUUGUGCAAUAUUCUAUUGCACAGAAAAAAAUCUUCCUUUUAUAUAUAUAUAUAUAUAUAUAUAUAUAUAUAUACUUUUAGAUGUAACUUUAGGCCAAAGUGAAUUCCUAUUGCCAUAAUGUUUGUUGUAAUAGUUUAGCAACUGCUUGCAAGUUGCUAGACUUGUUAAAAUAAGGUAACUCUAGAUUGUUAAACUUAACCAUAGAUUAACAUGUGUUAAAAUAUUGCCUAUAUAAAUUAUAGUAAUUCAUUUUACUUGAUAUUAUAAUGUAUAUUGAAUUUAUGAAUAUUAAAAAUAUAUAUAUUGACAUUUCA